ACGAGCCCAAAAUGAUACAUAGUCUUACAUGAUCGGUCGUAGAUAGUGCAAAGGAGGUCCCACCAUAGCGCUUUCAAACUUGACUGGUUAUAUAUAUAUAUGGGCACAACAAGAACACCUGUUACUGAGGGGAGUGAGGGAGGAGAGACAUUGCAAGGUAGGUUUCCAAAACAUACUGGUGCAAGAUUCCCUAAAAUUCCUUGAAGAGGUCGCCAUUCGAGAUGACCUCGUGGCCCCUACAGACGUUGCUGCUACUCUUGUCAAUAGUUGCUAGGGCUUCGGCCUCAGGAAUGAUGAAGGAUUUGGAACUAUUGAACGAUACUUUAUUUGAGGAUUAUCGACCCGAAUUCCGACCUGCGUUUUACCUUAACGAAACUGUAGAGGUCAAAUUAGAGUACUAUCUCUACUCUGUCAUCGACUUCAAUGUCGUCUCGGAGGUCGUCUCAUUGGCCGGGUCGAUGAGGAUAAUGUGGAACGACUAUCGGCUGAAGUGGGACCCGUAUGAUUAUGGUGGGGUCGAAGGAAUGGUACUUCCGGCUAGCCAAGUAUGGCUCCCAAGGAUUGUCCUACUAAAUGCCGUGGACAGUAUAGAACAUAUUGGAUCAGAAGACUUCAGCGUGUUCGUCAUACACACGGGAGAAGUGUAUUGGAAUCCAGCUGUCAUAUUCAUGUCUUUGUGUCACGCGAACAUGCGUUCCUUCCCGAAGGACCACCAUACCUGUUUACUGAUCCUGAACAAUAUGAUUCACACGAAGACAGAGAUGAGACUCUCUGCACUUAACCACAAGGUAAAUAUGGGGUAUUAUACAAAGAACGGUGAGUGGGAUGUAACCUGGACAAAGAUGUCGGACAACUAUAGUAAAUAUAAAGAGCAAUCAGCCUCUUUCAUGACAAUAACUAUCGGCAUGGCCCGGAAGUCGGAAUACUUCAUAAUAAACGUGCUGAUUCCUGUGGCGGUUUUGUGUAUUCUCGAAUCAUUUGUGUUCCUGAUCCCCGUGGGAUCUAGUGAUCGGGUCUCCUUUUCAAUGACUCUAUUUUUAGCCUUGUCUGUCUACAUGUCAGUAAUGGGCUCGUUUCUACCGACGACCUCUGAACCGUUGCCAGGGAUGACGUAUUUCCUGUUGAUGUCCGUGAUACACAGUACAUUGGUUGUCCUGCUGACUAUAGUUACGAUUCGUCUGCACGAAAGAGAGGAUAUGCCGGGUAGAUUAGUUCGUUUGUACUGGCGAACAGUUGGGAGGAAAAAAAUGAAGAAACAAUACAAGAAUGACGACAAUUUAAACGAGAAUGUUCCAUUUGACGAUGGAAUUCAGGAAUCUACUGAGGUAUACGAAUCCAAAGUUCCAAAGAAAGGUUCCUUGCUGCAGGCUGUAGAUGUGUUUUUGUUUCUGUUAGCACUAACAAGCAUGCUAGUGAUGUGCAUUGUGUUCUACGUGGUCUACCUUAUGAAUAUAGAGGAGGAGGUAGUUGAUUUAGACUAAGCCUCUGUUACACAAUGCUACAUGUAUGAUUUUGGAAGCUGAACCCCUAAUGUGGAGUCCAAAGUACGUGCUUCGUUUCAUUGUGAUUGCCAGAAUUAAAACUUUAUGACAUUGUAGGAGAGUAAAGGAUAUGAGCUUACAUCAAAGAUAUUUCACUGUUGUAUUUUUGACCUUUCGCGCUUAGAUAAUGGGAUAAAGAUAUUACUUUUUAACUAAUAGUAUAACAGAGGUCAUUUACUGCAGGUUAUUACCGUGUAUUAAGACGGUUUGCUUAACCCCAAUAAACAUUUAAAUGAACCUGAUGUUUAUAAAUGAAAAGACGUAAUGUUAUUUUCUAGGAAAUAAAAUGUUUGUCGUCCGUCAUUGGUCUGUGAGAAGAGGAAAACAACGAAUAAAAUUAACAGAAUGUAG